AUGGCUCGUCGAUCCCAGAGCUCCUCCCAGGGGGACAACCCCCUGGACCCCAACUACCUGCCCCCCCACUACAAGGAGUAUUAUCGCCUGGCUCUGGACGUGCUGACGGAGGAGGGGAAGGAAAGUUACCAACGUUUCCUGGCAGAGGAAGCAGCCCCUGAUUUCCUGUGCAGCUCCGAGGUGGAUCACAUCCUGCAGCACCUCCAGAAGCCCCAGUAUGCCCACCAGGAGGGCAGCACGGACACCGCAGGGGACAAUGACAUGGAUGGAUCCUCUGGGACCUACUGGCCCAUGAACUCGGACCUGGCUGUUCCCGAGCUUGACCUGGGCUGGCCAAUGGUCUUUGGGUUCAGGGGAACAGAGGUGACCACCCUUGUGCAGCCACCCCCCCCAGACAACCCCAGCAUCAAGGAGGAGGCACGAAGGAUGAUCCGGGCAGCUCAGCAGGUGGUGGCCAUCGUGAUGGACACCUUCACAGACGUGGACCUGCUGCUGGAGGUGCUGGACGCGGCCGCGCGCCGCGUGCCCGUGUACAUCCUGCUGGACGAGAUGGACGCCCAGCUCUUCCUGGACACAGCAGCCAAAUGCAGGGUCAACCUGAACUAUGUGGAGUUCCUCAGGGUCAGGACGGUCUCUGGGCCCACCUACUACUGCCGCACAGGGAUGUCCUUCCGAGGCCACGUGAAGGAGAAAUUCCUCUUGGUGGACUGUAUGGUGGUGCUGAGUGGCAACUACAGUUUCAUGUGGUCUUUUGAGAAGAUCCACAGGAGCAUUGCCCACAUCUUCCAGGGGGAGCUGGUGUCCAGCUUUGACGAGGAAUUCCGGAUCCUCUUCGCCCAGUCGGAGCCCCUGGUUCCUCCAGCCAACGUCUUGGCCAAGGUGGACAACCCCUUUGCCAUGGCUCCCUUUGGCAACAACAUGCCCUUCUUUCCCAAGAAAGGCCCCCUGAUGUUCCAGAGGGAUGACACCCUUUUCCCCUCCUUCCUGGACCGAGUGGAUCCCGACAGGUACUUCCUGUCCAGCUUCCGCCGGGACGACGCGCUGCGCCACACGGUGGAGGGCUCGGCCAUGAGGAUGUACAAGAAGGUGGAGAUGGAGAAUUCCCAGAUGGAUCCCGUCAGAGGUUUCCUCCGCUCCAAGCAGCUGGAGCUGGAUGCUUUUAAGAGGCACAGCUUUGCAGAAGGCACGUUCGAGAACUUUGCCUCCUCCAAGCAGUUUGCCAGGCAGAUGUUCAUGAACAAUAUGGACGAGUUCAAAAUCCAGGCCAGUCACUUCCAGAAGGAUCAGUUCUACCAGUACCAGUUUGAACAUCCCCACCUGCCCGGGAGGCCUCAGGGACUCUUUGAGAGGAUCCGAGGUGGAAGGCCAGGCUUCAAUGAGCUGGAGGACUAUGGAGAGGGACCCAGGUACCCGGAGCUGGAGCCCAGUUUCCCACAGGAGGGUUUCCCCUUGAGGCUGGAUUACGUCCCUUCCAAUUCCUCCCGGGAAGUGCGACACGGCUCCGACCAGCUGAACGCGCCCGGCAACGGCCCCGUGGGGAUGAUGCUGAGGAGGCAGAACAUCGGGCAGAAGUUCAUCUGCCAGACCUCCCCGACCCAGAAGCAGAGCCUGGAGCAGCGCCUGUUCCUGCAGGAGCAGGAGGAGGAGCAGGAGGAAGACAAGAACACGCAGGAGAACCGGACGGGCUUACGGAACUGGAGGAUCUCCUCCUACCUCAGCGCCUACCAGUCCGAGCCCGAGGAAGGGCUCCCCAUGCCCAUGGAGUCAGAGGCCUACAACGACGUCCUCGGAGACCCCCUCCCCAAGCACCCCCCCGAGCUCCUCCCGGCCUUCAAGUCCCCUCUCCCCUUCAGCAGCAAAGCCCUGGGCAUGGAAAGCGCCAAAGAGUUUGCGGAGCCCGACCGAGCCGGCGAGGAAGCCCCGAUCACCAAACAAGACGCCUUCAGGUCCAGGAUCAACCCCCUGAUCCAGAGGAGCUCCAGGCUCAGGUCCUCGCUCAUCUUCAGCGCUGCCAAGUUGGACCAGCCCAACACCACGCUGGAGAAGGUGCAGAUGAUCCAGAAGGAGCAGGUGUCCAGCGAGGUGACGAAGGACAACGAGACGGUGAAGGCGGCCGCCUCCUCCAAGGUGGCCGAGCUGCUGGAGAAGUACAAGGCCGUGGGCAGGGACGCGGAGCGCGCGACGGUCACGCACGCCAAGGCCGUGUCCAGCUUCCUGCAGGAGGAGUCCCAGGGCUCGGAGAAGAAGUGCACCAAGUCCGUGCAGUACAAGAUCCUGGAGAGCAGGGUGCUGGAGUCCAAGGACUCCUGCAGCACUUACAAGAUGCACGGAGAGGCCGAGAGAGCCUUUGGGGUGGGCUCCUCCACCCCCCAGCUGGGGGACGCCUUCAGCAAGGACCCCCUGGCACAUCUGGGCACCAAGGUGGACAAAUUAUCCUCUCGGUUUUACCCCAUAGAGAACAAACCUGCCCUUCCAGAGAAGGAGAGUCUGAUCUACGUCGGAGACACUCAGAAACUGACCCUUCCAGAGAAGAAGGAAAGGGUGUCCUUCAAAGAAGACGCCCCAAAAUUAGGCAGCGCGGAGCUGAAGAAGCCGCAGGUGAGGGCAGGGACCACGUCAGCCCUUGAAAGCCUGUCCAGAAGCCCAGGAUCCGACAGCUCUCUCAGUAAAUCUGAGGAAGACUGUUCCAAACAAGACCAGAAUGCCAUGGAAUUCCUCAGGAAAGGGUCCCUAAGGCUGAAGCAGCUUCUGAACCCCAAAGGCGAGAAGAAACUGGAGGAGGAAUCAGCUCCUGAGAGCGGCAAAUCGGACAAGCAGCCGGUGGCUCUGAAACGAUCUUCCAUUGGGGACUGUCAGGAGAUAAUGGAGGAGGAAAAAUCCCCCAAGUUCGCCAGCCCCCUGGCCCCCAAGAGCAGCCAGCCCAGCCAGGGGAGGUUUCCCUCCUCCACAGCCAACAUCCUCUACAGCAGCAACCUCCGGGACGACACCAAGGUGAUCCUGGAGCAAAUCUCUGCCAACAGCCAGAAGAACAGGGCUGAGCUGGCCAAGCAGCUGCCAUCCACCAGCAACCCCGACCUGUCCAGGUCAACCACCAGCUUGGAAAGAAAAGGGGAGAAGGAGAAGAGCUGUAACAUCCACAGGUCAGAGAGCUUCGGCAGCCAGAAGCGGAACCUGCAGCGGCAGCCGUCGGAGGACAGGGACACCCUCCUGAAGAAGAUGGAGAACAUGAGGAAGGAGAAGAGGGUCUACAGCAGGUUUGAGGUCUUCUGCAAAAAGGACGAGCACACCAGUCCCAGCGAGGAGGAGUAUGACACAGAUGCCAAAGACAAGAAGAUGGGAAAAUUCAUGCCCAAAAUCCUGGGGACCUUCAAGACCAAAAAAUGA